UAGACAUUUAUAUAUCAAAAGAAUACUUUACAAUGGGUUAGUGAGAUGAUUUCUGAUGUAGUGGAAGGAAGGCGGACGCGACAUUGUAGGUAGCAUUGUGUGCGUAUUACGCGUUACAUUGUCAAAAAAUUGAAGAAACAAGAGUGCUGGUGUUGUGCGAAGAUAUACUUAUAACAUGAAAAUAGAUGAACCUACAGGACAAUUUAUUCACAGAAGACGUGGAGGAGCAACUACGGCAUUUUUUGAAGAGUGAGAAACGCAAGAGAGUACUUGUUUUUCCACCGGUUAACAGCUACAGGCGAUUUCUCAUCCACCAAUUGGUGCAAGACCACUUUGGCGAUUUGCUGCAGACAUUCUCUAUCGGUCAGGGUAUUGCCAGAAGAACUGUCAUCUGCUUCAAAUCGGACUUUAUAAAACUACCUCAAAUCAAUGGUCAUUUUUCGCAAGCAAGUGUCAAUUUCAAGGAAAAUUCGACAUACAUGAUGGGAAUAGAAAGGCAAUGUACACCAACUGCAUCACCCGAGCAUAAUGUUCACAAAAUAAGAAAUGUAAAAUCAGUUCCUACAGUUGAAAUAUACCGACCCCCUGCAGCAAGACGAGCUAGAUUGGAAACAUCUCCAGCGGGGCCAUUAUCAAUCGAACAAACAAUUUCGGAUGUUUCUACAAAAGCGAAUCGUCGAAAACGACCGGAUCGUGCAGUUUACGUACCAAGGCACCGACGCAGCGUUCCCGAAAUCGAAAGUGUCAAUGUAACUGUACAGGAAGAUCAAUUUAAACAUCCAACAGAAUCAUCAAGUGUUAAUUUGACUUCUUCAAUUGAAAAAGAUGCAAAUCACCAACUAUCAUCUAAGGAGUCGAAGGAAAUUUCAACGAUUAUGAUCGAUCAGACGCUUGAAAAAGUAUCGGACGAAGAGUUCGAUAAACAAUCAUUCGCAACCGCUCAUUCCGCGAUUAGUAAAAUGAAAGAAAUAACAUCAGAAGUUGCCGUGGAAUCAGAACUUUCGGUAAUGGAGGAAUUACAAGAAAAUGAAGAAACGGAGAAGAAAGCCGAGCAGCAAUCGUUCAGUUGUCAGCGGGAUCAAAGCAUAUCGAAUGAAUUCGUUAAUGAUGACGAUACUGAUAGUGCUUCCAAGAAUAGAAUUGACUCCUGGAAUAAUGACACACUGUGUAAAUUGAAAAUAUCUUGCGAUAAUGAAAGUAUGACAUCGGAGGUAAAUGAGACUCCUAGUCCUUGGAGUGUCAAUAAGCCUUGUAGCGAUGAUAAAGUAGCUAAGCAAACGUUAAUUUCCGAGGUAUUGAUAAUCUCUUCUUGUACGGACGAAGCGGAGGUGGAAAGUGCAAAAUCAUUUGUGCCUGUUAGCCCUGUAACAUCAUUGGAGAAAAAAGUAAAGAAAGUUGAGAGGCCAAAAAGUAAACCAGCACCACCGCCCUUGCCUCCGUCAAAAAUUAAUCGCGAUGAAUGUGAUUGGGACAGUUUAUUCGAUGAUAACGGCGAUUGUCUUGAUCCUACGUUAAUCGAGGAAUUAACGUCUUCAGUCGGUGAAGUAGUAAUAGAAAAACCGAAAUGUAAUUAUAAAACUUCCGCACGUUCUGCCGAAAUAUUGAGUGAUGAAUUUGCUCACGUAUUAGAAAUUUACAAUUUUCCAUCUGAAUUUAAAUCAAGUGAUUUAGCUGCUGUAUUUAGUUCGUUUAAAAAUGGAGGUUUUGAGCUGAAAUGGGUAGACGACACUCAUUGUCUUGGAGUUUUUAGUAGUCCUCUUGUCGCUGCUGAAGUAUUGGCCUCGGAUCAUCCUUUUGUGAAAACACGACCGCUGAGCGAAGCUACCGCAUUGAGUAAAACAAAAGCUCGAAGGAGCUCGGAAUUUCUUCAACCCUAUAGAAGUCGUCCAGAAACUUGCGCUGCACUUGCGCGACGUCUAGUUACAAAAUCACUUGGUGUUAAGCUUGCAACAGCAAGACAGGAACGUGAGCAGGAAAAAAUUGUAUUACGUGAAGCCAAAGAAAAAAGGAGACUAGCUAAUAAGCAGCGCGAAGAUGUUUGGGAAGGCAUAAUUACAGAAAAGACAACAUCAUAAAAAUUUCCUAUACAAAAAAUAGUUGUCAAUAUCAUGUUGCAUUUUAUUCUAAUGCAAGUGUAUGUGCCUUGUACCGAAGGGUUGAGAAAUAUUUGAUAAUAAUAUUUUGACGCCCGGAACUUAUUAUUUUAUAAAUAUUUAUUUAUUUG